CAACUCUUGACACAAGAAGUCGGACCGACAUGCUCCGAUAACUAGACACUGACUGUUGGAAUAUGAUGGACUCUAUGAAGAUGACAAGAAGUUCUGGACUCGUGCCCGUGGCGCAUUUCCUGCCCCUCAUUUUUAAGCCCAGAGAGUCCUGGGGAAAGAUACUAAAGCUUAGAUAUGUUCCCUCUUCGUUCGACGGUAUCCAACAUAAAUCGUGUCCAGCAGCUAUCGUAUCUGAUCUGGAUUUCUCCUUAUCGAGGACAGUACCAUAUUCACCCCAUUUCCAGCAUUCAACUUCAAAACAGCCAACAAUCAAUCCAGUUCACUGAUAUCUUCUUUGCACUGUUCGGUACUUUCCAACACAUCUAUCUUCACCCUGUCAAGAGUUACUCUACACCAUUCUUUCUCUCCUCGCCAGAACCUAACAUUGAAGAAGUGCGCUUGGAAUGCUAGAGCAUAAUGACAGAUAUACAUCAAGCACGAUGAUACAGGGAGAAAGAAAACAUAUCUCUGCUUCACCAAUUGCUGCACGUCGAUCUACUCUUGCGACUCUGACAAAAUAUGAGUGCUAUACCCCUCGUCCGGGACCUAGUCGGACAGACAGUGGCAUCAGCUUUACCAGUACAAGUACGGAUAGUAAGUUGAAGGACCUGGAGCAUGGUAACCCUACGGGAUUGAAAAUUAUGAUGGUCGACGCAGAGGACGAUGGAGAGGACGACGAUUGGAUGCACAGUCCUGAUCCCCAAAAGGACAAGUAUGACCGCGGAACGAUGUUUACAUUCCGAGGACUAGUGAACAUCGGGUGCCUUAUCAUACUUCUCAUUUGCUUCUUGACUCUUUUCCUCGGAUAUCCGGUCAUUACAUACUACACGGAGAAAAGUCUGAGUGCCAACGGCGCGUUCAACCUCGGAGGCAUCAACUCUACUGGACAAAUUCCAUAUAUCGAGAACUUUGCUAUGGCGAUAGACAAGGAUACUCCUGAAAGCGCAUAUACAAGAACGGGAUUCGAUGGGGAGCCGUACAAUUUGGUAUUUUCGGAUGAAUUCGAGAAGGAAGGCAGAACAUUCUUCCCAGGCGACGAUCCGUUCUGGACGGGUGUUGAUCUUCACUAUUGGCCCACAGGUGAUCUAGAGUGGUAUGACCCAUCAGCUAUAACAACCAGAGACGGAAAGCUUGUCAUCACUAUGACCCAAGAACCCAUCCACGAUCUCAACUUUAAGUCUGGGAUGCUUCAAUCAUGGAACCAAAUCUGUUUCCAGUAUUCUGUCUACAUUGAAGUUUCCGUUUCUCUUCCUGGUGACCAUAAAGUCCCUGGUUUUUGGCCAGGCGUAUGGAUGAUGGGUAACUUAGGGAGGCCAGGGUAUGGAGCGACGACAGACGGAACAUGGCCGUAUUCAUACGAUUCGUGUGAUUAUGGGACGUUGGCCAAUCAGACGAAUCCAGAGGGGACAGGACCGGAAGGCGCAUUGACUUCGGGGGCAAACGAUGGUCCUAUCUCAUAUCUACCUGGUCAGCGAAUGUCUGCCUGUACCUGCAAGGGCGAAGAUCACGCAGGACCGGACGUUUCGUAUGGGCGGGGCGUCCCGGAAAUCGAUGUACUGGAAGCUGUGGUUGACAUGACAGUUAAGCGCGGCGCUGUCAGUCAGAGUGCCCAAAUGGCUCCUUUUGAUGAAGGGUACCACUAUGACAACUCAUCCAAAGGCGGUAUUAUAUACGACACAAAAAAUACAGAGUACAACGACUAUCUGGGUUCAGUAUAUCAAGAAGCGGUUUCGUCUUUGACUUAUAUCGAUAGCGCGAACUACGUGGGGACUAGCGGUGGCUUUGGCGUUUACGGUUUUGAGUACUUUUCGAACCCCGAGGACAGGGAUUCUGGGCACAUCACAUGGGUUGCAAACGGCGAAAAGUCAUGGACAAUGUACCCCGCCGCUGUUGGUGCUGUUGAAUCAAUGGGCAUUGGACAACGUCUGAUUUCAGAAGAGCCGAUGGCCAUGAUCAUCAAUUUCGGCAUGUCGGAAAGCUUCCAAUCUGUAGACUUUAACCACCUUAUAACGCCCAUGGAAAUGCUGGUCGACUAUAUAAGAGUGUACCAACGGUCAGAAGGAAAAGUUGGAUGUGAUCCGAAAGAUAGGCCGACGGCCGCGUACAUCGAGAAUCAUUUAAAUGCGUAUAGCAAUCCCAACCUUACUACAUGGGAAGAUGCAGGGUAUACCAUACCGAAAAAUUCCUUGAUAGAUACAUGUUGAAAACAUUACUGAGGGUUUAGAAGAGAAUAGAUUGUUGUGGAAUGGCAUCUGCUGUUAGAUUCAUUUUCUUAACAUUUUGGGCUUUUGUUGGUGGAUCGAUG